AUACGCGUAGUCGCGUACGCAUCCCGGUUUUUGUUUUCUUAAGAGGGGGAAGACCUUGCAUAGCACGUGCACUAAACCCCAUAAUUUUCGGUUUGGUUUUCUAAUAGCAAAAUUAGUGAAAAACCGGCAUUUUCCGUUGUUAAGUACUCGCAUUUCCCCUGCAAGUAGUAAUUCAAGCGCUUCCGACCCAGUAAUUAACGUGCAAUGGCUUUGGGUACAAAGGUUGAGGAAACGGAGAGUAAUUGUGCCCAAGACAAUUCGGACGAAAAUACGUGCAAAUCGAAGGAAAACGGCCUAAUUACCGCAGAAAAUUCGAGCGAAUCGGAUGCAAAGAAAGAUGAAGUGGUUUUCAUACAAGACGUGGGAUUUUCGGUUAAAAUCGUCAGCCCAGGCACGGACAUGUUCGAAAUACAGGUUUCUAGCAUCGAACUGGUGCAAGAAAUUCACCAGCUGCUGAUGGACAGGGAGGACACGUGCCAUCGUACCUGCUUCUCGCUGCAGCUCGACGGUAACUCGCUGGAUAAUUUCGCCGAAUUAAAAAACAUUGAAGGUUUAAAGGAGGGCUCCGUGAUCAAGGUCGUCGAGGAGCCGUACACGAUGCGAGAGGCGCGUAUACACGUGAGGCACAUUCGAGACCUGUUAAAGUCUCUAGAUCCGGCCGACGCGUACAACGGAGUCGAGUGCAGCUCACUCUCAUUCCUGAACGCGGUGACACAAGGUGAUAUAUUAGAAAAGAAGAAGCUACGACCGGAGAGUGUCGACUGUACGCCACCCGAAUUUAUUAUGCCCAACGGCAAGGAUCGGCCGCUUUCGGCGCUACAGCCCCAGCUAAAGGACUGCAAGGUCCCGCAGUGCGUUAAGGUGCUAACGACCUCGGCGUGGAACCCUCCGCCCGGUCACAGGAAAAUACACGGCGAUCUUAUGUAUCUUUAUGUUGUAACGCUCGAGGAUAAACAUUAUCACAUAUCGGCGUGCUCAAGAGGUUUCUAUAUUAAUCAAUCAACAGAUCAGGACUUUAAUCCAAAAGCGGCCUCACCAAGUCACUUGUGUCAUUCGUUAAUCGAACUACUAAACCAAAUAUCGCCGCUAUUCAAACGUAAUUUUACGACCUUACAAAAGAAACGUAGCCAAAGACACCCCUUCGAGCGCGUCGCCACCCCGUAUCAAAUAUACGUAUGGACCGCCCCCGUGAUGGAACACACGAUCGACGCGAUUCGCGCCGAAGACACUUUCUCCUCGAAGUUGGGCUACGAAGAGCACAUUCCCGGACAGACGAGAGACUGGAACGAGGAACUGCAGACUACCAGAGAGUUGCCGAGAAAAACGUUGCCGGAACGUCUGCUUCGCGAGAGGGCGAUUUUUAAAGUUCACGGCGACUUCGUUGCCGCCGCAACUCGGGGGGCGAUGGCUGUGAUUGACGGUAACGUGAUGGCGAUCAAUCCGGGAGAGGAGGCGAAAAUGCAGAUGUUCAUAUGGAACAAUAUCUUCUUCUCUUUUGGUUUCGACGUUCGCGAUCACUACAAAGAGCUGGGCGGUGACGCCGCCGCGUUCGUGGCGCCCCGCAACGACCUACAGGGCGUUCGCGUGUAUAGCGCCGUCGACUUACCCGGCCUGUACACGUUGGGAACUGUCGUCAUCGACUACCGCGGGUACCGCGUUACCGCCCAAUCGAUUAUUCCCGGCAUUCUCGAACGCGAACAAGAGCAGUCAGUUGUUUACGGGUCGAUUGAUUUCGGGAAAACGGUUUUGACGCACCCGAAGUACUUGGAAUUGUUAAAUAAAGCAGGGCAGCAGCUUAAGAUUCUUCCGCAUCACGUACUAAAUGAGAAGGACGAAUCGAUCGAAUUGUGUUCCAGUGUCGAAUGCAAGGGUAUCAUUGGUAACGAUGGACGCCAUUACAUUCUCGACCUGCUACGAACGUUCCCUCCUGAUGUCAACUUCCUGAAAUUGGACGAGGAGUUGAGCAAAGAGGUAAUGAUGUUGGGCUUUCCGAUAGAGCACAAGCACAAGUUGUGUUGCCUCAGGCAGGAGCUCAUCGACAGCUUUGUCGAUUCUCGUUACAUGAUGUUCAUUAAGUACGCCGCCUUCCACUUGCAACAGCUGAAUUUGCGCAAAAACGAGGCCGUGAACAAUAAGGAGAGUUCCGAAGAGAAAAAGGAUAAUCAAAUUGAGACGGAGGAGGCGAAGAAGAUCGUUGAAAGCAUAACGGACGGCGGCAAGUUGGAACGUAAGUCUUGGGGGGCAUUGUAUCAAUCGCUUUCUGUAACAGUUUCUAAUUCUACCGAUUUUCCCUUAGAAGAAAACUUCUGAAUCUCAAUUGUUAAUAAUGCUGAAAAGAAAGAAUGGCACCCAGGGCCUGCAAACAAUGUACCACGCACACGACGCGAUCGAUUAAAACAAAUUAGUAAUUUUAAAAUCCGGCCCUGUCUCCAAUUUUCUUUCGCAGAUGCACAGUCUUCUUCACAAACCGAUGUCGCUUCUGAUUUUUCUUUACUUUUCAAUUUCUUGUUUACUUAUAUAAGUGAAUUGGACUUCUUGUAAUCACAAUUAUAGAAUGGCUCUUUGAUAGUGGACGACUAUUUGAAAUAACCUUUCAAAAAGGCCUCGCUUAUUCGUGCAACGCCCAGAAUGACCAAGGCACUCACAAUACACUGUAUUUGUUGUCAGGACAAGGUUUGUAUAAAAAUAAUCUUCUCUUUUCCGUCAUUUUAAAUCGCAAUGUAGCUAGUAGAUGGCGCCAUUACUAAUAAAUAAUUAAAGUCACUAGAUAUAAAAAAACAGGUGGAACAAUCCGUAACAU